AUGCAGAGCCGGCUGGCAGAGCGGUUGGCUCAGCUGGCAGACGAGGACACGGAGACAGAGACAGAAGACCGGCGGGAGCUGGAGAGACUGCUGGAGACGAACGUGGAGGGCCGGUUUCUGGACCGGCUGGUGCAGGAGCUGUGCGGGGCGUGCGUGGUGGACGAGGACGGCGGCGGCGACGAGCACGAGGGCGGACACGCCGAGGCCCGCAAGGUCGAGCCGUACGACUUCGCCCUCAACGACCGGCUCCGCACCACGUACCAGCACUUCGAGGACCUUGUGCAGGACACCUGCCAGCUGCGCCGGGACUUCGUGCAGAGCUGGGCGCUCAGCCCCAACUCCCUCAUCGUCGAGCACAAGGGCGUCCUCCUCAACGCGUACCCGCUCGUGCACGAGUCGCUGGUGCACCUGCUCUUCAACGUCAUGGUGCUCCACCACACGCUGUCCGAGUUCGAGGUCUCCCACGGCUCGCUCCACACAGCCAUCAUCCUCAACACCCUUGGCGUCGUGACCGGCAUCGCGUACACCAUCACGGAGUACAUCCUCGUGCAGCUGGGCCUCGCCAACGCCGCCAUCCUUGACACAGCCAUCCUGGGCUCGUCCGGCUGGGUGUUUGCCUUCAUCACCGCCCACUGCUGCCUCAAGUCCAUCACCUCCCCAACAACAAACAUCUACGCCUCCUACAACAUCCCCACCUUGCUUGUCCCGCUCUUCUACUUGGCCGUCUCGGCCGUCCUCGUGCCUAACUCGUCCUUCCUCGGCCACCUCAUCUCGAUCAUCCUCGGCGUCCUCAUCUUCAAGGACUUCUUCAGCUUGAUUACCAUUCCGCCGUUCCAGGCCCUCGACCGCAUCGAGCGCCUCGCCAUCUUCAAGUGGGGCAUCCGAACCUUCUUCCCGGCGGACUACUUUGUGUGGUCGUGGGAACACGAAGUCAAGUCUUCCCGGUACCUCGAGUCCAACUUCCACAGCGUCAGCCUCCCGCUGCACCACGGCAUUGGCCCUGGCGCCAGCACGGCUACGGGCACGGACCCUGUCACAGGCACCGGAUCCGGCACGGUUGCUGAGUCCGUCUUGGGCAGCCUCGCCAACGCCAGCAGCAGCAACGUCAACAUCACCGACAGCGUCAGCAACACCAACACCAACAGCAACAGUGCAAACGCCAAGGCUGCGACGGCUCAUUUCGAAGGUCCUGGCGAAAAACUAGGCUCCAACUUAUAG